CACUGCAACAUACUCAGUCGUCCUGUACUGUUCUUCUUCCACAUGAAUCUGACUGCAAGAAAUUUUAUAUGUGUUCAGAAGCGAUAACGCUUGAAUUAGGCUGUCCUAUUGGCUAUGCGUUCGAUUUAAAAUAUCGCGUGUGUCUACCGUUUGUUGGUGAAUGUGAGCCAACUACUCCAGAUGAUGAAGAAGAUAAUUCGCAAUCAGAAGGAGAAGAAACUGAUGAGGAUGAAAGUAGUAUCGACGACGACGGUCACGAUGAUUCUGAUAAUGACGACGAUGAUGGUAACAGUGAAGAUGACGAACAUGAUAGUGAUGAUGGUAGCAAUGAUAAUGAUGAAGAUGACAAUCAUAGUGGUGAAGAUGAUAGUGAAGAUGAUGAAGUAGCAGAAACAACUUCAGGUGUUGAACCUACAACUGAAGCAGCUACCACAACAUCAGCUCCAACAACAGUAACAGGAGAAGAAGUAACUGAGAAAGAUGAAGACCAUGAUGAUGAUGAUCACAAAGAAACAACGGUAGGUUCUUUCCCUACAACUGAAGCAACUACCACAACAUCGGUACCAACAACAGUAAUAGGAGAAGAAAUAACUGAGAAAGAUGAAGAUCAUGAUGAUGAUCACAAAGAAACAACAGUAGGUUCUUUCCCUACAACUGUAGCAGCUACUACAACUGCGGUACCAACAACGGUGGCAGAAGAAGGAACAACUGAGGAAGAUGAAGACUAUGAUGAUGAUGAUGAUGAUGAAACAACAAUAGAUUUGUUGCCUACAACUGAAGCAGCUACCACAACUGUAGCACCAACAACGGUAGGAGAAGAGGAAACAACAGAGGAUGAUGAUGACGAAGGAACAACUAUAGGAACAUUACCCACAACUGAAUCUACAACAACUAAAGCACCUGUUACAACAACUGAGGCGCCAGCUACAACAACUGAAGCUCCUGCCACAACAACGGAAAAACCAGCUACAACAACCGAUGUACAUUCAACAACUACUGAAACGUCGGAUACAACAAUUGAAGAACCAGCUCCAACAACUGAAGAGUCAGCAUCAACUACUGAAAAACCAGCUACAACAAUUGAAGAACCAGCUUCAACAACCCAAGAACCAGCUGUAACAACAGAAGAACCAGUUGCAACAACUAAAGAACCAACUGUAACAACAGAAGAACCAGCUACAACAAUUAAAGAACCCUUACCUACAACUGAAGCAGUAGCUACAACUACUGAAUCAUCAGCUGCAACAACUGAGGCAUCUUCUACAACAACGGAAAAACCAGCUACAACAACCGAUGUACAUUCAACAACUACUGAAACGUCGGAUACAACAAUUGAAGAACCAGCUCCAACAACUGAAGAAUCAGCAUCAACUACUGAAAAACCAGCUACAACGAUUGAAGAACCAGCUUCAACAACCCAAGGACCAGCUGUAACAACAGAAGAACCAGUUGCAACAACUAAAGAACCAGCUGCAACAACAGAAGAACCAGCUACAACAAUUAAAGAACCGUUGCCUACAACUGAAGCAGUAGCUACAACUACUGAAUCAUCAGCUGCAACAACUGAAGCACUUACUACAACAACUGAAACACCGGCUACAACAACUGAAAAGCCUUCUCCUGUACCGGGCCGUAUUGCAUUGAUACCCCAUGAGUCCGAUUGUAGUAAAUACUAUAUAUGCUUAUUCGGAUUGAAAAUUUUGACAAGUUGCUUUAAUGGUUUGUAUUUCAAUCCAGAUCUGAAUUUCUGUGAUUUUCCUGCUAAUGUACCUUCAUGUUCGCCCCCGUCAAAACUAACCACGACCAGUAUUCAGGUUCCGGAAACGACCACUACCCUCGCCCCUUAUCCAACAGAGUGUCCAGCCGUCGACCCCAUACAUUAUAUAGUUUAUCUUCCUCAUGAGUCGGAUUGCUCUUGUUAUUAUAUGUGUUCACACGGAGUUGCCCACUUAAUGGUCUGCCCUGCUGGGUUAUAUUUUAAUACUAAGUUGGACACUUGCGACUGGCCAAAAAAUGUUAACUGUUACAAAAGAAAACUAUAA